CUGCGGCCGGAGCGCAGCGCGGCGCUGACAGUACCACGCUCGCGGGGCUCCCGGUGGCGGGGAGCCGGGCCUUUAUUUCUCGUCGGCAGCGCUCGGCACCGCACCUCGCAAAGCCGAACACCAGAACACCCUAGAAAGUUGAACUAAAAGAAUGCUCAUGUUUGACCCAGUCCCUGUCAAGCAGGAGGCCAUGGACCCUGUCUCAGUGUCCUACCCAUCCAAUUACAUGGAGUCCAUGAAGCCCAGCAAGUAUGGGGUCAUUUACUCCACACCGUUGCCUGAUAAGUUCUUCCAGACCCCAGAAGGCCUAUCGCACGGAAUACAGAUGGAGCCAGUGGACCUCACAGUGAACAAGCGUGGCUCACCACCUUCGGCUGGGAAUUCUCCCCCCUCCCUGAAGUUCUCAUCUUCUCACCGGAGAUCAUCACCGGGGCUGAGCAUGCCUUCUUCUAGCCCGCCAAUUAAAAAGUACUCCCCCUCCUCGCCAGGUGUCCAGCCCUUCAGCAUGCCUCUGUCCAUGCCCCCAGUGAUGGCAGCUGCUCUCUCUCGGCACGGAAUCCGGAGCCCGGGCAUCCUGCCCGUCAUCCAGCCAGUUGUGGUGCAACCCGUCCCCUUUAUGUACACCAGCCACCUCCAGCAGCCGCUCAUGGUCUCCUUGUCAGAGGAGAUGGAAAAUUCAAGCAGUAGCAUGCAAGUUCCUGUAAUUGAAUCAUAUGAGAAGCCCAUAUUACAGAAAAAAAUUAAAAUAGAACCUGGAACCGAACCACAGAGGACAGAUUAUUAUCCUGAAGAAAUGACACCCCCAUUAAUGAACUCAGUGUCCCCCCCGCAAGCAUUAUUGCAAGAGAAUCACCCUUCAGUCAUAGUGCAGCCUGGGAAGAGACCUUUACCUGUGGAAUCCCCAGAUACACAAAGGAAGCGGAGGAUACACAGAUGUGACUAUGAUGGAUGCAACAAAGUGUACACUAAAAGCUCCCACUUGAAAGCACACAGAAGAACACAUACAGGAGAAAAACCCUACAAAUGUACGUGGGAAGGAUGCACAUGGAAGUUUGCUCGGUCUGAUGAACUCACAAGACAUUUCCGAAAACAUACUGGAAUCAAACCUUUCCAGUGUCCAGACUGUGACCGCAGCUUCUCCCGUUCCGACCAUCUUGCCCUGCAUCGGAAACGCCACAUGCUAGUCUGAAAGCCUCCGUCCCCCACUUCAGCUCGACUCCCCAUUCUCCUGGCUCUCUCUGUCCUCUCUCCCAUUAUCUAACUCAUUUUUUACAUGUACAUUUUAAUUUUGGUUCAGCUGGUCUGAACCUCUGAAUUUAUAUCAUUCAAAACUUCCGUAUGGUCAGUAGUUGAUACUCUCUAAUCCUCCCUCUCCUUACCACGGGUCAGACCUAAAGAAUGUGAACACUUUUUUUUUUUUCCUGGGAUGCUAAGCAAACCCUUCUUACAGAUACGUUUAAUGUAAUGAGAACAAGGGAACAUGUAAACUAACACAACCAAUUGUCAGUUUCUCCAUGUAUUCCUCAAAAGAAUGUCAAAGUAAAUGUAUUAGAAAUACAGUAUCUAGCCUGCUAGUCCUUGCCAGAAACACUCGUACCUCUGCACCAUGAUCUCAUUUUAUGCUCAGCAGCAAAAAGAAGGUUGGUCCCCACUCACCAGUUAGGAGACUUGCAGCAGGGGAUUGUGCCAGUACAGUCACCUCUGCCAUUGUCCUUCACAUGUCUUGCUUCACAACCUGGAUUAUCACCUCAUCUAAAUCAAGGCCUUUGCCCUUCUUUGUGCCUGAAGCCCACAUUGAGGGCUUUGCCACCACUAGGAGAUGAGCCAGAGCUGUUUAAUUAGGUGGGUGAUGGGUAGCAGUUCAGAGGGACAGAUGCCGGACUUCUGUAGCAUAGAGGAGAAGCAGAGGGGCAGGGAGCAGGGGCUGCAGAGAAGCUGCUGGUUCCUCCUAGCUGGGGUUUGUCAACGAGGUGUCAUUGCUUGGUUAGCUAUGCGGUGCUAACCAGAGGGCUUCAGUCUCGCGUGCUCAGUGGAGCACAAAUAUGCUGCAAAAACCAAACACCCAUGGAGUUACCCAUGCAGAGGUCGCCAUUCCUGCAGAAUCCCUAGUAUGGACCAUCAAGUGUUGAGGGUAACAAAACCACGAAAAUAUUUGCCCAGAAGUAAAAAGUAAGAAUUUUUAGGGUAAAACUAUGGAUAGUCUUCCCUUUACCCAAUUUGUCGUGUAACUUUGCAAGCAGGGAAAUGUUGAGUGGUACUUGUAUUCCCAUACCAAGUUAGUCACAUAGCUUUUAUAUGAAACGUCAGUGUAAGCUAUAAGGUGCCAGACUGGUUGUCAUUUGUGUUUAUGGCACACAUCAUAAAUGAGCAUCUGCUAAAGUUUUAGGAGAUUUGUUCAAGUAGGCCCUGAGUAGCACUCUGUAAAUAUAACUAGUUGUGAAGCACAUAUACCUUUAUUCUGGGGGCAGAUUCCUGAAAAAAUACGGAAAACCACAGUUCAGGGCCUUAUAUACAUAGCUUGAAUAUUCCCAGAAGUUUACUGUUGGAGUUAGUUACUUCCCAUCACUAGCAAGUAUCCUGUCAGAAGAACAAAGUGAAAAAAAAAAAAAUGACUCGUGUUUAUGUUGAAGAUAAAUAACACCAUUAAUGGGGGAAGUUUUUCAAAAGCAGGCUUUUGAGCACCAUAGUCUAAAUGCCAGUAAAAAUAAUUCAUACAGAGAAAUGCCACUGGUCUCAAGAUUGAAGAAAAUGGGCAGUGGUGGUCAAACAUGGUUGCCUAUAUCCAAAUGCCCCUUCGUUCCUCGGUGAAGGAUGGAGGAGCAGGAGAGCGAAGAAUGGAAUCCUGCAGAUCCAUCCCAGCUGCAACUCAGGAUCCAGUACAGCCUUAGCUGGGAGGAAUACACGAUUUAAGUUUUUAAAUAUCAGCAAAUGAGUGACUGGAGAUCUGCGAAUUGUGUGGGGAGCUUGCUUUGGUCGCACUGGGUUAAAAGUUACAGGGACUGCACACCUAAGAGGUCCCACUCAGCCCUGUGAAGCAGCUGAAAGGAAAUGAAGGUGAGAAAUGUAAAGAAAUUUGUUAUCUUGGCACUUGGGUUUCUUUUUUUUUUUUUUCCUUCGCACUACAAAAUUUUUUAAAGAUCGUAACAUGCUAUUUGGGCUGUUGUUUUCUUUUGUGCAGCUGUAACAUGAAUUGAGGAAUAGAAAUGGCUCUUAGAAAAGCAGGUGUUGUCUAUAUUGUCUAUGCUUAGUCACAUUCAUGCCAAAGUGUUCGUGUCUUUGAAUGAUUCUUCCAAAACACACUGAAGAAUUGAGGAGGCGAGGAAUGUUUUUGUUUGGGUGGAAAUAACCAGUCUCUAUCCCAACCCAUAUAGAAGGGGAAAGGGACAAAAAAGGACAGAAUUGAUCUUGGAUUGAGUUUUGAGUCUGGAGUGCAAUUAAUAGCUUCAUGAGCUCUCAUGAAAUUUGAUGUAUGCUAUGGUAUAUUUAAAUCUUGUUCAAAAGACUGUAUUAUGCUACUAAGCUUGCUUAGGUCCUGUUAACAGUUCAUUAACAAAGAUCCAUUUUAACUCCGAGAGAAAAGCAACCCAGAGAGGCUGUUCUCUAUUUCUUUGCUAGUCUGAUAUUUUUUAGUUACCAAUUGGCCCUUACCAAAUUUUCCAUAUAUAUAUUUGUAUUUUACUAUGAUAGUUGAGAAAUUUAGUCUCUUAGUCAUUUUAGCUGUUAUUGUGGAAGACCUCAGAUAAGAGAUAAGAUGCCCUUGAUCUUGUGGUUUUAAUGAUGUGCCAUAUUACUAUCAAUGGUGAUUAAUCACACUAUUUUAAAUUUCUGAAUGAUUUAUAAACAUGAAGUUCAUGUCAUGUAAAUUGUUUAUUAGUUUAUUCAGUUAUUGCUCAAAUGUCAUCUUGCCAAAGUCAUAAAAAUUAAAUCAGAAUCCAUCAUAUUUCAGAGUUUUAAAAUGUGAUUCUACAUCAUAAAAUGGGCAUUAACAUUCUAAAUUGCUUGGUUUGGAGAAUAUAUUCAGCAUAGCUACAUUCAACUAAGGAGAUGCUAAAUACACAGCAGUUUCAAGAGCCUUGGAACAGAAGUACAAAGGAACUAUAUAUGUAUAUGUAUGUUUUAUCAAACACCCAUCUGCACUAUCAGUAUUGCACUAAUGUGGAAUUUGAAAGACUAUAUUGCUGAUAUUGUAUAUCUGCCCAUCAUUCCUGAUUAUAGAUUGUUUUAAAGACAAUCUCAAAGAUCUAAGGUUUUAAAAUAAUUUGGUUAGAACAUACACAGUUGUCUUGCUGUCAUUUGUGAACUCAGUUGUCUUUAUUCUCUUCUUGGUCAGGGUUAACAAUUUCUAAAUGAUUGCAAAGUCACUUAAGUAAUACAUUUACAAAGCCAUUUUACAUGCAUUAAACGAGGGCUACACCGUGUUUUACAAAUACUAGCACUUUUUUCUGUUAUGUACUUAGUGUUAGAGGGUCAAAAUAAUCUUUCUGCUUAGCAUCUCUUAAACCAUACCUGCAAGUAUAGCAGGAUUAUUACAUUUUCAGUACUUUAAUACUUGUAUAAACUAUGCAGAAAUUUUUAAUAAAGUGUAAUAUAUUUUAUAAGCUAAUAAGACUGAAUGGGUAAAGGUUUUUAGCAUGCAUUAGUAUACUUGCAAAUACUGAAACAUUUUGGUAAUCUUUCUUACUAAAGAUGUGAAUGUUUAAUGUACUUUCUCUGUUUCUACUCUGUAGUCCAAUGGGAAUUGAGUAAUGACAUUUUGUCAUGUCAAACUGUGAACAUAAAUUUGUACUGUACAGUCCUCAUAUUCUAUAUACAGUAUGCAAUAUAUGUAUUAUAUACUUGUUAAUAAAACCAUCCGAAUAUGAAA